AUGUGUCAUACAGAAUUAGUCAUUGAAAAAGAAUGUGCAAAUGCUUCCGAGUCAAUGGUAAAACAAGCCAAUUGUAUGUUGAGUCGGUCUAAUAGAGUUUUAGAAAAAGUGGACAUUGGAUGUAAUGUUGUUAUUCCUAUCCCAGUCGUAGAUCGUGGAAAAGGUGAUCCCCGAAAUAUAAUGGCUAUUGUCAAUGGAAAGUCAGAGAACGGCUAUCGUCUAGCUACCAAGCAUGGCAUUCUGUUAGGGUCAUACUCUAGAAACCAGUUUAAACCCACUGAUUCCUUGUUUUUGAGUCCAUCAGCUGUUUCAAUUGAAAAUUUGAUAUAUUUUCGACAAGCUGUUAAACUCUCUUUCAUUUGUGAUGGACAAGGAUUUUUAAAAUGUGGAUGUUCUGGAAAAAACAGAUGUGAACAAAAGAGGUGUGCCUGUAGAAAAGCAGGACAAUUAUGUAAUAGUAGAUAUCAAUCAAACUUGUCAUGUAAAAAUAAAUAA